CCUCUUACUACCCUCUCGCUGUCCUCUUCCCACCUCUUCCCACCUCUCGCUACCCUCUCCCACCACCCCUCGCUGGCCACUUCUCACUACCCCCCUCUAUUAAUAGAGGUCGUCCCGCGCCAGUUUUUUAUGAGCAACAUUUGAGGAGUCAAGGCCACUUUUUCCAGUCAUCCCUUUUUCCUGACGGUCUCCUUUAUGUGCUACCAUCAAUUGGAUUAAUCAAGGGUACAUCUGGUCUACAUACACCUUCGUCUCCGUGGUUGCACCCAUCCGUCGUCCCCAUCUCCACCCUCCUUGUUCAAUUGCCCUUUAGCCGCCAUGGCCGACAAAGACAGCUUGUCCACGCUGGGGUCGCUUAAGAAGCCCAAGAACCUCCACAUCGCCCAUCGGCGCUCGCCCAGUGAGUUGACCACCUUGAUGGUCGAACAGUACAACCUCCAGCGCCAAUUGGAGGAGGUGCAGGCCCAGCAAAAGCAAAUCUUGCAGCAGCAGCAGUUUGCCCAACAGCAACAGCCGCCACGCCAGUUCACCUAUCCUCCCCAGCCAAUGGCGCCCGAAUUGGCCCCUCCAUCCGGCUUCCGCUCGCAUUCCCGUUCGUCGUCGUCCACCUCGUCCGCCGCUCCAGCUGGCGGCCACAGAAGAACAGGGUCAGCAUCCGGCCCUGGCCACGCCAGAAGACACUCGUUGGGCUUGAACGAGGCCAUCAAGGCCGCAGCGUCCCAGAGACAGAGCAAUAGAACCACGUUCAGUCCUUCCACCCCCACCAAUGCCAACGAAAACGACACCAUUGGCUCGUUCAAGUUCCCAGCAGGCGGGUCGCCAGAGGCGAUCGACAGCAGCGACUCCGCCAGCCCUCCUCCCAACUCGCAUAACCGCUCCAAGUCCUUGGCCUAUGGUCAGCAAUCGUUCCAGUUCCCUCCUUCCGGACCUUCGGCCUCGGCCUCUCCCGACAAUUUGUUGCCCCCCACCCCAAACUUCACAAUCACCCAGAGCCCAGAAAGAGGCCACCAGAGACGCGCGUCUCAUUAUAGAACCAACUCCAGAAACUUCGAUCCUAAUGGCGCUGCCAACAUGAACACCAACUGGAGAUCUCAGCAGGGCAAUGGAAGUGGCAGUCACCAAAGACAAUCCUCUACAUUAGAACCUCCCCAGUCUUCCUUCACUCCUGGUCAUAAGCACCGCAACAGCUCAUACGGAGGUGGCUCUGUCUCCUCGUUGUCCCACUUCAUCCCCAACAACAACUCGGGAGGCAACAACAACAACUCCAACGGGCGUAAGUCCCUUUUUGCUCCAUACUUACCACAAUCCUCCUUGCCUGAACUUAUCAACGAGGGCCGCUUGGUGACCGGAACUUUGAGAGUGAACAAAAAAAAUAGAUCCGAUGCUUACGUGUCUACGGACGGCUUGUUGGACGCAGAUAUCUUUAUUUGUGGCUCGAAGGACCGUAACCGUGCAUUGGAAGGUGAUUUGGUUGCAGUUGAGUUAUUGGUCGUCGAUGAAGUGUGGGAAUCUAAGAAAGAAAAAGAAGAAAAGAAGAGAAGAAAGGACAACACCUUGAACUCAAAAUCUCCCAGCACUUCCGUCCUCAAUGACGAUAUCCAUAACGAUGCCACCUCUGCACCCACCACCGACAACUUGGGUUUACCAGGUACUAACGACGAUAACCAAGAAGGUGAAUCUGGUACCGGCUUGGGUAGAAGAGGUUCGUUGAAGCAAAGACCUACCAUGAAGAAGAACGAUGACGUCGAAGUCGAAGGUCAAUCCUUAUUAUUGGUCGAGGAAGAAGAAAUCAACGACGACAUCAAACCAUUAUAUGCUGGGCAUGUCGUUGCCGUGGUUGACCGUAUCCCAGGCCAAUUGUUUGCAGGUACCUUAGGUUUGUUAAGACCAGCGCAGGCUGCCCAAGCUGCUAAGGACAAAAAAAGUGGCAGAGAGUCGUCUGUUCAAACUCCAAAGGCUCCAAAGAUUGUUUGGUUCAAGCCAACUGACAAAAAGGUCCCUUUGAUUGCAAUUCCAACCGAUCAAGCACCCAAGGACUUUGUUGAAAACCAUGAAAGGUACGCUGACCAAUUGUUUGUUGCCUCAAUCAAAAGAUGGCCAAUCACCUCAUUGCAUCCAUUUGGUACCUUGGUCAGCAAAUUGGGUAAGAUUGAAGAUGCCUCUACUGAAAUUGAUUCGAUCUUAAGAGACAACAACUUCUUGUGUGACGAGUAUCCAGAUGACGAUAUCACCUCGACUAACACUUAUGACAUUCCUUCAAUAGACCCGGAGUUGAAGAACUCGGAAAGGGUUGAAUUCUUGAAUGAUUACAUCAUUGCCUUCACCCAAACCAACGAGUUUGUUGACCACGCGUUACACGUGAAAAGAUUGUCGAAUACCAAGAUUGAGUUGGGAUUCCACGUCGCGGACAUCUCCUAUUUCAUUCAACCUGGUUCUACUUUGGACAGAAAGGCUAAAAAGAGAUUUACCUCCGUUUUCUUGCCUCAGAAGGUCACUCAUUUGUAUCCUAAACAGGUUAAUGAUGUACUUUCGUUCAAAGAAAACGAACGCAAUUUGGCAGUUUCUGUGGUCUUUGAAAUCGAUACCACCAAUUUUGAAGUUGAGGACUUAUACAUUCAUGAAUCCAUAAUUGUUCCUAAGCAAUUGGUGAACUAUGAUUCAUUCGACACAAUUUUGGAAGGUACUUCGGUGGAAAGUAUCUCUUCUGCCACCUCCGAUUAUAUCAAGACUUUCAGCUUGAUUGCAAAGGAGUUCCGUCGUCAACGUUUGGAUAACCGUGAAUUGGGUAUCGCUCCAAACUUGACAUUGUUAGACCAGCUUGAUGACGAAAAGGUUAGAUUGAAUUUAAAUGUAUUCAAAGACAGUUUAGCUUUCGAUGUCAUUGCUGAAAUCUCACACAAGGUCAAUAAUGCCAUUGCUGCUAAAGUUCAUGCUGGAUUGGGCGAUCAAGCGUUCUUGCGUCGUCAUCCUUUACCAACUUUGCAGAAAAUGGAGACUUUCGUCAGAAAGGCUACAAACUUGGGUUUCAAGAUUGACACUACCAACGCCUCUACCUUACAGAAUUCUAUUUUAAAGAUUGAAGACCCAGUGAAAAGACAGAGUGUUGAGACCUUGUUAUACAAGUGUAUGUCCAGGGGAAAGUACUAUGUUGCUGGAAAACAAGAUCCUGAGAGCUUUGGUCAUUAUUACUUCAACUUACCAUUGUAUACCCACUUUUCUGCACCAUUAAGAAGAUACUCAGAUCUUAUCGUGCAUAGACAAUUGAAAGCUGUGUUGAAUAAGGUUGAAGAAGAAAAGGACGUUGAUUCUUUGAAGGCUAUUGCAGAUUACUGUAAUUUCAAGAAGGACUGUGCUGCCAAUGCCCAAGAACAGGCCAUUCAUUUAUUGUUAUCUCAAACUAUCAACGAAAUGAGUGAAAGUGCUGGUCAGUUGUUGGUUAUGGGUACAGUUGUUCAAGUUUAUGAAUCUUCAUUUGAUGUCUUCAUCCCCGAAUUUGGUGUUGAGAAGAGAGUCCAUGGAGAUCAACUUCCAUUGGUUAAAGCCGAGUUCGACAAGGGAGAACGUAUCUUGGAGUUGUUCUGGGAAAAGGGAGUUGAUGCUGCCACCUACAUUCCACCAGAUGAACAAUCCUCGUUAUCUUACAGAAACUCCAUUAAGAACAAGUACAGAACUUCUGCCUUGCAAGCAGCCAAGAUUCAAAACAAGACAAUCUUGGAGAAGAACAACUUCACCACCGAUUCAAUCGUGGAAAAGUUGGCCAAACUCAACUUGGACCCACCCAAGGUCACUGUUCCUGGAUUUACCUCCAGUAACGAGGACGGCAGUGAUGGCAAGGACUCCACGAGGUCCAUGCCCUCGUCGCCCACCCAGAACUCGUUCCCCAAGAAUACCAGGACUAACUCGUCAUCGGUCAUCAUGAACGACGCCUCCAGCGACUCCUUCAACGGCUUGGCGCCAUACUUGCUGAACCUCACCACCAGAAUCGAGGGCGAUUCGUACAUUCAAGUGAUCAAGGAAUUGCACCAGGUUCCGGUGUUGAUCCGAGCCGAAAUCGGCAUGGCGCUCCCAUGCUUGACGGUGCGCGUGUUGAAUCCUUUUGCCGACGACCAAUAACUGGAUCAAUAACGUCCCAGACUACAACCACACAUACUAAUCUUCAUAUUCCACGGCGCGAGCUUCGGGCGCCUAAAUAAUCUAUUUAUAUUCUUC